ACCAAAGUCAACACCAUCAGAUUACAUUUUCACAUUCAGUUUUGUAUUUAUUUUUUUACAUGCUUUUUUUUAAAAUAAUAAAACCAAGACAAUGAUCUUUAGAGGAGAAAAAACGAGCAGAUUGAUUUAUUUUAAGAGGUGACAUUUAGGAUCUAAUACGUUGCAAUCAAACAGAAUAUUUUUAUCGAAUAACUCAUUGGCUGUGGACCCGGUAUCAUAAGUGAGAAGUUGGGUUUAUUAAAAAAUAUAUAAAAUAUUAUUGUUGGGCUUGUAAAAUAAAUUUAGUAUCGAAUAAAAGAUUAUUGAAUUCUUCAGUUUAACUAAAAUAAACUACCACAAAUGACAUCCGAAUAGUAUUUAGUCUAAUGGGACCUGGGUCCGAAUAGCGGCGAUGCGUGUCCGGGUUCAUUUUUACUUAAUACCAUUCGGAUGUCAUUUGUGGUAGUUUAUUUUAGUUAAAUUGAAGAAUUAAGUUUAAAAACAUAUAGUCCAUUCAAUUAUCUUUCAUUCGAUACCAAAUUUUAUCUUAAAAACCCAACAAUAAUAUUUUAAAUAUUUUUUAAUCCCAACCUCUCACUUCUGGUAGCCUGGUGUGAAUAGCCACUUUGUAACUCAUUUGUGUCAUGAUUGUGUUAAUUUAAUCAUUUAUUAUAUUUUUUUUUAAAAAUAAGUUUACAUUACAUGUUAAUUAUAAUAUUAUCAUAUUAUUAGCAGUUACAUUCUUUAAAAAAUAAUUAAUUCCCAUGCCCUUAUAAAAAUUAAGGCUAUUAUUUUUGUUGGCCUAUGCCUAUAGUAUUAUCAAUAGUAUUGAUAUUGCCUAAUUAAAAUCAGUUAACAAAAAUCAUUUAAAAAAAUAAUAUUGGCAAAUGCUUAACGCUAACCAAAUUCCUUGAUAAUCUCACAUUAAGCAUCAGAGGCUACAAUCAAUCACAAGAGGUGUGCAUAGGGUGAGUCAAAAAGUGAAUUUUAAUCAUAUAUCUUUAAAAUGAGCUGUAGUAGAAUCACUGUGAAUCAGCCACACUAUAAUCCCACAAAACAAUUUAUUAGAAUUCAAAUACUGAAUACUAUGGUUUAGGAAGUUACUAGAAGUGUGGCACAUAUUCAAAACUUGAUCCCUGCCCUCAGCCUAUGUGAUAGCUUUAGAAUUUGGUGCUGCUCCAGCAAAAUUUACUGGGACUGGAGUUUUGCUUCAACGACACUCCAGGUAAUCUUUGGAUAGCAGGGGAGAGUAAUGAGGGGAACCUAGUUUUGAUAAGGUUCAAAUAUGAGGAGAGAAAGUAUCAUUAAUGAAGAUUGUGUAUUGGACAAUGGGAGCGUUUAGGGUAGCGUUUCCCAACCCUUCUCUAUACUCUGCAUCCCCAAGGAAUCUUUCACUAGGUCUCACACCUCUUUGACUUUGAAUCACAGAUCUAAGUGUCACACUCCUCACAAGUAGCAAUGCUUUUUAAAAUUUGAAAAACAAUUUACUCAUAGUUAUAAUUAUUUUCAUUUCAAUUACAAAACAAACCAGUAAGUUUAAAAAUAUUUAGAUCGUAAUUCAAAAGUCAAUGGCUCCACUGUCCUUGUAAUAACAACUUUCCCUCACACCCACUAAGGGUGAGAAUACCCUGGUUCAGUGCAUGAGUUAUGAUUUUUGGGUUAAAAUUGUUUCAAAUCAUUACAAUAGGUUUUAUAAUCUAAACUAAGGUGAUUUCUACAUCUAAACUACAAUGGGCAGCUGUGGCACAAAGAUCACAGAGACCAAAGGACCUAGACAUUCUUCAAUGUCAUGGAAAAUAAACCAAUGAAUGGAUCAGUCUGCUUCUUUAAACGAGCUAAAAAUAUUUACAUUCCAGCAAUGUCUGUCUCGGAUUCUGGUAUUGAAGCACCAACAGGUAAAGUCAUAAUCCUCUAAUAAUAAUGGACCACCAACAGGUAAAAAUGCAAACAGUCUGUCAAUGUCUGUCUCUGACUCUGCUAUUGAAAUAUAUACCUCUGAUAUUGAAGCACCAACAUGCAAAAAUAUAUGCCUAUGGCUUUCAAGUGCUAGCAGGUAAACUAUUACAAUAUCUAGCAGUGUCUGUCUACCAUUUUGAAGAACAAACAGGUAAAUGUUGUGCAAGAGAGAGACCAUCAUAAGGGGUCAUCCAUAAAAGACGUCCACACAAAAGGGGGGAGGGGGGGUUCAGCAAAAAGUGGACAAAAGUGGACAGGGGGGGGGGUUUAGGACAAAGUGGAUGUCCACAUUGUAGUGUUUUUUUUUUGAGUGCAGCAGUUUUGCAUAAAUGGUGGAUUAUUUGUUUAUCACAUUUUUUAAUACAGUGAUUCAAUAAAAUGUUUUUGAACAGUUAUUAUUUCAUUUAGAAUUUUGCUUGCAAAUAAUAGGAAUUUCUAAAAAAAAUCUUUGUAAAAACAUACUCUUUAUAUUGUUGUACAUAUUUCCAAAAUAUUCAUUAAUAUAAGUUCCGUAAAUUUUAUAUUUUGGACGUCCAAAACGGGGGGGGGGGGGGGGGGNNNNGUCAAGUCAAAAGUGGACAAAAGUGGACAGGGGGGGAGGGGGGGUAAAAAAUAGCAAAAAAUUGGUGGACGUCUUUUAUGGAUGGCCCCUAAGCACUUUAUGCAAGGUAAUGAUGAGACAAUUAAAAUAACUGAUAUACACCUGCCAUAGGCAACAAAGGUAAUUAAAGACAUUACUGGUAAUGUGAUUUCAAGGUAAACAUAACACGUGUGUUCUGUACUCCAGUUCUAUAAAAAUAUAGUUAACAUUUUAUUUUAAAAAUACACUAUGUUUUAGCAGGUAUUUAAAGUAAACUUUUAUAUUUUAUGACCAAAAGGACAUUGUGAAGCUUAUGUUACCAGCUAUACUGCUGUUGCUCUUGUUGUUUCAGAAGCCCCCAGCUUUGAACUAAGUGGACACAAGCUGCAUCCUAUUCAGUCACUGAAAGCUGGGGAUGGUGCGGGGCUCAGACACUCGGGCAAGCCACCCCUUAUGCCUGUGGCCUUCCACAAGACAUCUGGGACUUGGAGGCAGAGGUAUAAGCAGCCUGCCUCGAGCUCUCCUUCUCACAGCCUGCAUGCAGAGCCUCACUAUGGUAACAGUCUUUUCUAA